CGACGGUAUAGCCGAAAUCGCACACUUUUCCGACCGUGCCAUGCGCCGGAUCCGAUCGAACCUGCUGCUCUUCGGAUCGGACACGUGCGACUGCGGCUGUGCGCCAAAGACAGUAGAACAUCUCCUUUUUCGGUGCACGUGAUGGACAACAUUAACGGGAAGGUACAGUAUACUGAACUGCCUACGAACGAAGAUAGGAAAAUUCUCUUUCUACCUAGGUGCAAAAGUGCGGACAUGCAGACGGUACUCAGGCCCUUGGUUUGAGAACCGCACCGAUUAGGUAUAGCGCGGUUAGCUGCCUUAGCAACGACCUGAGCUUGCUGAGGUAACGUGACACAGGUGACGAUUUGUUGGACGCCACCUAACUACGCAGCUGGCCAAAUCCUGUGCACCUGUUCAACUUCCUUCCGAGAGCCAGCCUCUCGAAUCCAGGCCUCUGAGCGCCUCUUCUUUUAGGAGAUGUCCCAAGAUGAAGAAGAUGGGGCAUGGCUUGCCUCACCUGGGCCUUAUCAAGAUCGAAUCAAAAUCUCUUGCUCAUCCGAUCCCGGGCUGAAAUCCAGGGAACGGAAGGCCAAAUGGGCCCAAAUUCCUUGGCCAAGCGAGGUAUCCAGGAUCGCUGUUCUGGAGUAUGGAAUCGACGGUUUUACAAAAGGCGUGGAACAUGUUGAUCCUUCCGGGAUCGAAGCGUACCUUCUGGAACGGCAACAGCGACGGUCUUCGGAUAACGGCGGGCAAGUCUACAUCGUCGAAUCUCUGACUCCUGAUCUCAUCGCUACCCUAGGCGACUAUUUCGAUAUUGACCCGUCGGUAUUCCUUGAACAGCUAAUGUCCAGGACCGGUUCAAGAUUCCGCACAUUGCCAUCCGCCCUGCAUACAUCAGGCUGCUUGAGAUUGAGUUACUCUAGCUUGAUUUCUGUUCCACCAGAAGCCAUGAAUUCUUUCGGACUCACUUCAACAACUGGUCGUCAUAUUCGAGCAACUCGAUCUUAUGGAGAGUUUUCAAAUAUAGGGAUUGCGUCCUGCAUAUGCAGCAUUUUGACAAGAAAGGGAAGGGACGGUAGCGGGUGGAACGUCCUUGUUUUCUGUGACCCCCCCGUGGGGUCGAUACGAAUCGGUCAAUCUGCGAAAACCUUUGCAAUAGACCAACAGGCGGUCAACGGGGGCUACGUUGACUUUGUACCAAACAGCGAGUCUCAUCGGUACGGUGGGCCCCCGCGGACUUCAUUGAUGGAUGAUCUCUGCUUCUACUUACAACGUUACCCAAACCGUAUGCCUGGCGACGGUGUGGGUCUUGUUUUCAUGUUCGUGCAAAAGAUCGUCGCAAGUCACUACCUGGUUCUUCUCAAUCACUUCGACAAUCAUAUCCGGAAAGUCAGUUCUCGCAUGGAACGACAACAAGAUCUCUCUAACUUUGGCAUCUUGAGCGUUGAGUCUCAAUGGAGUGAUGCUCGAGCAUUGCGUCGACGAGCCCGACUCUUCUGCGAGUUCCUAGAGGGCAACAUGAUGUUGUUGGGAAUUCCCUUCGAAGACCCAACUUUCCAAAAGAACGCGCCAGAGACGGACUGGAUUGACUGUACCAUCGAUUUUCAGUAUCUUCGGGCGCGAUUCCGACAACUAUUGCAGGAAACCCUGACACUCAGUGAGGCGCUCACCGGCCUUGCUAGCAUUGCAGGUAAUCGUCAGGCGUUAAAAGAGCAGGAAGUCUCGUUGAAAGCGACGCAGCUGUCCAUUCUCGAAGCACGACGAGCAAAGGCACUUACACUUCUCGGUCUCAUCUUCAUCCCCCUUGCGUACACAUCGUCCCUCUUCAGCAUGGCUGAUCCCUAUAAUCCGGGAAGCGACAGGUUUUGGAUGUAUUUCGUGAUCUCACUGCCGUUAGUCUUCAUCAUCACUGUAGCGUACUACGUACUUGAUUCUGGCUACAGCUCGGACGGCUCAGAUUGGUCUCUGUCGAAUGUGGCUAACGCGUUGGCGACAAUGUUGCGACAGGACAAGCAAGAGUUGGAAAUGGCUCGUGAAGGAUGUUAGAUCAUGGCCACAUUUGACGGCACUAGUACUCUUUAUCUGAUUGCAAUCAAUCUUAGAUAUGUUGUGUG